AUGGUGCAGUCCAUGCUGGCUCCCCCCGAAAUGACGGACAUGGAGGGAGUGGUGAGUGUGUUCCCGUCACCCGUCCUCACACACACUGACACACAUACGCAUACUAGAGAAGAGAUGCACCAAUAUGAAAAUCUGGGCUGAUAAUGAUAACAUAUAUUUACCCGACCACAUAUGCUCUUAUGGCUGAUAUAUCAUGCAUACCUGAUCAUUAUCUACCGAUUAUAAGGAAUAUAUCGUGCAUACCUGACAAUUAUCUGCUGAUACCAAUAUGACUGAUAUAUUGUGCAUACCUGACACACACAAGCUUUGCAUCCCAUAGAACCCAGAUAUCAGCCUAGGCCCUAAGGUCACACCCUGAGGAAGAUAAGGACAAAGAAGGGAUAGCGAAUCCGUGACCCUAGGCCCACAGCCUGAGUGAGGACCUAGCAACGAACCAUACAAACAGUGCAUGCAAUAUCCACUGUCACUGCUUUGUGUGUGGUCUUGUUCUCUCACACAAUAUGUCUGUUUGUCUUUCAGUCUCGUUUGCAUGCAGUAGUAGACCUAUUCAAUCUCUCAUGGGCUUUCUCUGCAUUGAUAGGACUCUUGAGAAUUUGGUUUCAUAUUGCGAUUUAAGACACACACACACUCAGGAACACACAUAGGAAUGGUGAGAAACGAGACACUGUCGAGUCUCAAACCACGCCAACACUUUUGCCAAGCCCUCUUGAUUGUGAACAGAACGGUUAGAUAAACACUUCACAAAAGUGGAGGAGGACAAUGGGAAACAAAUCUCACUACCGGUAAAGCACUGUCCAUUGUGGUUUCCCUUGCUGUUGCUGACAGGUCUUGGCUGUGGUCUCUCUCUCUCUCUCCAUGUUUCUCUUCUUUGUGGCCCGUCGAUAUGGCAGUUGGUGCAGACGGGGAGAUGCUUUUUCAGGCACGACCCCAGGCCCAGCUGUACCUCUCCCUACUCUAACCCCCAUUCUGUGUCUCUGUGUCUGUCUCUGUCUCUCUCCACCAUGUCUGUUUGCAGUGGAAGGAGGCAAAGCCAGAGGAGCUGAUGGACUCCAAGCUGAGGUGUGUCUUUGAGCUGCCGGCGGAGAACGAGAAAACGGUGUGUUCCAUAGUCUCUCUCACCUCACCCUCUCCGUCUCCUUCUCUCUUGCAGUGUUUCUAUCUCUGCUUGCCUCGCUCUUUGUCUACCCAUCUCCCUCCGUCGGUCUUUCUCUUUCUUGCUUCCCCCUCUGUUCUCCUUCCCUCUUUCAGUGCUCCUCUCUGCUCUCUUCUCCUCAUCUUUUGUCAUCCUCUCUUUCCUCUUCUCUCUCACACACUUAUUUUUCUCUCCCUGUCGCUCCACCUCAGCCAUUACAAGCCUUCACAACUGGUGAUUUAGUCGAGUGGAGAAAAAUCCCUGUCGGCCUGUCAUCGGACAAUGUGCCGUGGAGAAGAGGCAGAGCUCCCCUUGCUAAGCCAUAGCCAUAGUUCCCUGGGUCACUCUUUCACUUGUCACACACAGUUUAUUAUUGUUCAGAUUACUCUGCAUACCACACUCUGCUCUUAGGAGAUCAUUUCCCCCCAGGAUGAGCAGAAAAUAUAAACAAAGCGAAGAGGAAAAUGGGCUUGGGUUGUUGUUUUUGUGAAUUAUGAACGGCGAGAUACAAGACUGGAAGCAGCAAAGUUGUGCCACAUAGUUUGGAGUGAAAAAGGAAACCAGCUUUUGCAUCUCUUUUUGGAAGCUCCCCGGGUUGAUUGGGGGAUUGCACAGCGUGGGAUUGCACAGCGUGGGAUUGCACAGCGUGAGAUUGCAUAGUUUGGGAUUACAUUGUGUGUGUGUGUGUGUGUGUGUGCGCGCGUGUUACCAAAUGCAGUUUGUAACAUUCACCUUCUCCAUAUUGAUUCCCUAUUGUAUGACAUCACAUUUUAAGUAUGUUUCAGCAUACAAUGCAUUCGGAAAGUAUUCAGACCCUUUGACUUUUUCCACAUUUUGUUACGUUACAGCCUUAUUCUAAAAUUGAUUAAAUCGUUUUUUUCCCUCAUCAAUCUAUACACAAUACCCAAUAAUGAUGAAGCAAAAACAGGUUUCUAUACAUUUUAGCAAAUGUAUUAAAAAUACAAAACUGAAAUAUCACAUUUACAUACACUACCAGUCAAACGUUUGGACACACCUACUCAUUCAAGGGUUUUUCUUUAUUUUUACUAUUUUUUACAUUGUAGAAUAAUAGUGAAGACAUCAAAACUAUGAAAUAACACAUAUGGACUCAUGUAGUAAACAAAAAAGUGUUAAACAAAUCAAAGUAUAUUUGAUAAUCUUUAAAUAGCCACCCUUUGCCUUGAUGACAGCUUUGCACACUCUUGGCAUUCUCUCAACCAGCUUCACCUGGAAUGCUUUUCCAACAGUCUUGAAGGAGUUCCCACAUAUGCUGAGCACUUGUUGGCUGCUUUUCCUUCACUCUGUGGUCCAACUCAUCCCAAACCAUCUCAAUUGGGUUGAGGUCAGGGGAUUGUGGAGGCCAUGUCAUCUGAUGCAUCACUCCAUCACUCUCCUUCUUGGUAAAAUAGCCGUUACACAGCCUGGAGGUGUGUUGGGUCAUUGUCCUGUUGAAAAACAAAUGAUAGUCCCACUAAGCCCAAACCAGAUGGGAUGGCGUAUUGCUGUAGAAUGCUGUGGUAGCCAUGCUGGUUAUCCUCUUAAGGAUCAGACCCUUUUUAUCAAUUUACGCCUAAAAUGACAUACCCAAAUCUAACUGCCUGUAGCUCAGGACCUGAAGCAAGGAUAUGCAUAUUCUUGAUACCAUUUGAAAGGAAACACUUUGAAGUUUGUGGAAAUGUGAAAUUAAUGUAGGAGAAUAUAACACAUUAGAUCUGGUAAAAGAUAAUACAAACAAAAAAACAUGCGUUUUCUAUUUAUUUUUUUGUUCCAUCAUCUUUGACAUGCAAAAGAGAGGCCACAAUAUAAUGUUGCAGUGUGCGCGCAAAGUUUCAGAUUGAUCCAAAUCAAACGUAAUUUGUCACAUACACGUGUUUAGUAGAUGAUAUUGCGGGUGUAGUGAAAUGUGCUUCUAGCUCUGACAGUGCAGUAAUAUCUAACAAUUUCACAACAUAUACCCAAUACACACAAAUCUAAGUAAGGAAUGGAAUUAAGAAUAUAUACAUAUGGACGAGCAAUGACAGAGCAGCAUGGACUAAGAUACAGUAGAAUUUUAUAGAAUACAGUAUAUACAUAUGAGAUGAGUAAUGCAAGAUAUGUAAACAUUAUUAAAGUGACUAGUGUUCCAUUUCUUAAAGUGGCCAGUGAUUUCAAUAGGCAGCAGCAGCCUCUAAUGUGCUAGUGAUGGCUAUUUAACAGUAUGAUGGCCUUGAGAUAGAAGCUGUUUUUCAGUCUCUCGGUCCCAGAUUUGAUGCACCUGUACUGACAUUGCCUUCUGGAUGAUAGCGGGGUAAACAAGCAGUGGCUCGGGUGGUUGAUGUCCUUGAUGAUCUUUUUGGCCUUCCUGUGACAUCGGGUGCUGUAGGUGUCCUGGAGGGCGGGUAGUUUGCCCCCGGUAAUGCGUUCGGCAGACCGUACCGCCCUGUGGUUGCGGGCGGUGCAGUUGCCGUACCAGGCGGUGAUACAGCCAAAUUUUUUCAGCCUCCUGAGGUUGAAGAGGCUCUUUUGCGCCGCCUUCAUCACACUGUCUGCAUGGGUGGACCAUUUCAGUUUGUCAGUGAUGUGUACGCCAAGGAACUUGAAGCUUUCCACCUUCUCCACUGCGGUCCCUUCGAUAUGGAUAGGGGGGUGCACCCUCUGCUGUUUCCUGAAGUCCACGAUCAUCUCCUUCGUUUUGUUGACGUUGAGUGAGAGGUUAUUUUCCUGGCACCACACUCCCAGAGCCCUCACCUCCUCCCUGUAGGUGGUCUCGUCAUUGUUGGUAAUCAUUGUAAUACUGGACUAUUUUGUAUCAAGUCUGCCCAAAUGUGCUAAAUUGGUCAAUUUAUACAUUUUCAAGUACAUAACUAUAGAGAAGAUACAAAAAUGAUAUGGUAAUACAAAAUGUAAGUUUACACACUCCCAGGAAUGUCAUACAUGAUGGAUCAUUAGCUUAUACACUAACUUUCACACAUCUAGAUGUCCGGGCGGGGUGGGUGUGGAGCCAGAGACAGCAGGGGAUCAAAGUGUAGAACCCAGUUCGUACAUUUGAGUAUAAAAAUGGAUUUUAUCAAACAAAACUAUGCUAAUUUUAUCUCUGGGACCCUUAGGAUGACAAAUCAGAUCAAGAUUACUGAAUGUAAGUACAUUAUUUACCUUCAGAGGUGAAUGUAUCAAACCAGUUGCCGUGAUACUUUUUUUGUUGUGCACUCUCCUCAAACAAUAGCAUGGUAUUUUUUCACUGUUUAUAGCUACUGUAAAUUGGACAGUGCAGUUAGACUAACAAUAAUUUAAGCUUUCUGCCCAUAUAAGACAUGUCUAUGUCCUGGAAAGUUUGCUGUUACUUACAACAAUCAUGCUAAUCACAUUAGCGCACGUUAGCUCAACCGUCCCGUAUAUGGGACACCGAUCCCGUAGAGGUUAAGUGUGCCUUGAAUUCUAAAUAAAUCACAGCAAAGCACCCCUACACCAUACCAAAGGACACAUUUCCACCGGUCUAAUGUCCAUUGCUCGUUUUUCUUGGCCCAAGCAGGUCUCUUCUUAUUAUUGGUGACCUUUAGUAGCGGUUUCUUUGCAGCAAAUCGACCACGAAGGCCUGAUUCACCUAGUCCCCUCUGAACAGUUGAUGUUGAGAUGUGUCUGUGACUUGAACUCUGUGAAGCAUUUAUUUGGGCGGCAAUUUCUAAGGCUGGUAACUCUAAUGAACUUAUCCUCUGCAGCAUAGUUAACUCUGGGUCUUCCAUUCCUGUCGCGGUCCUCUUGAGAGCCAGUUUCAUCAUAGCGCUUGGUGGUUUUUGCGACUGCACUUGAAGAAACAUUCAAAGUUCUUGUAAUGUUCCGUAGACUGACCUUCAUGUCUUAAAGUAAUGAUGGACUGUCGUUUCUCUUUGCUUAUUUGAGCUGUUCUUGCCAUAAUAUGGACUUGGUAUUUUACCUAAUAGAGCUAUCUUCUGUAUACCCCCCCUACCAACACAACUGAUUGGCUCAAAUGCAUUCAGAAUUUUCUUUUCUUCCACCAAUUAACUUUUAAGGCACACCUGUUAAUUGAAAUUCAUUCCAGGUGACUACCUCAUGAAACUGGUUGAGAGAAUGCCAAGAGUGUGCAAAGCUUUCAAGGCAAAGGGUGGCUAUUUGAAGAAUCUCAAAUAUAAAAUAUAUUUAGAUUUGUUUAACACUUUUUGGUUACUACAUGAUUCCAUAUGUGUUAUUUCAUAGUUUUGAUGUCUUCACUAUUAUUCUACAUUGUAGAAAAUAGUAAAAAUAAAGAAAAACCCUUGAAUGAGUAGGUGUGUCCAAACUUUUGACUGGUACUGUAAGUAUUCAGAACCUUUACUCAGUACUUUGUUGAAGCACCUUUGGCAGCGAUUACAGCCUCAAGUUUUCUUGGGUAUGACGCUACAAGCUUGGCACAUCUGUAUUUGGGGAGUUUCUUCCAUUCUUUUCUGCAGAUCCUCUCAAGCUCUGUCAGGUUGGAUGGGGAGUGUUGCUGCACAGCUAUUUUCAGGUCUCUCCAGAGAUGUUCGAUCGGGCUCUGGCUGGGCCACUCAAGGACAUGCAGACGCUGUGUGCCAUGGGUAGGUGUCCUGUUGGAAGGUGAUCCUUUGCCCCAGUCUGAGGUCCUGAACACUUUAAAGCAGGUUUUCAUCAAGGAUCUCUCUGUACUUUGCUCCAUUCAUCUUUCCCUCGAUUUUGACUAGUCUCCCAGUCCCUGCCGCUGAAAAACAUCCCCACAGCAUCAUUCUGCCACCACCAUGCUUCACCAUAGGGAUGGUGCCAGGUUUCUUCCAGACGUGGCACUUGGCAUUCAGGUCAAAGAGUUCAAUCUUGUUUCUCAUGGUCUGAGAGUCCUUUAGUUGCCUUUUGGCAAACUCCAAGCGGGCUGUCAUGUGUCUUUUACUGAUGAGUGGCUUCUGUCUGGCCACUCUACCAUAAAGGCCUGAUUGGUGGAGUGCUGCAGAGAUGGUUGUCCUUCUGGAAGGUUCUCCCAUCUCCACAGAGGAAUUCUGGUGCUCUGUCAGCGUGACUAUCGGGUCCUUGGUCACCGCCCUGACCAAGGCCCUUCUCCCCCGAUUGCUCAGUUUGGCCGGGCGGGUAGCUCUAGGAAGAGUCUUGGUGGUUCCAAACCUCUUCCAUGGAAGAAUGAUGGAGGCCACUGUGUUCUUGGGGACCUUCAAUGCUGCAGAAAAUGUUUGGUACCCUUCCCCAGAUCUGUGCCUCGACACAAUCCUGUCUCAGAGCUCUACGGACAAUUCCUUUGACCUCAUGGCUUGUUUUUUGCUCUAACAUGCACUGUCAACUGUGGGACCUUUAUACAUGUGUGCCUUUCCAAAUCAUGUCCAAUCAAUUGAAUUUACCACAGGUGGACUCCAAUCAAGUUGUAGAAACAUCUCAAAGAUGAUCAAUGGAAACAGGAUGCACCUGAGCUCAAUUUCAAGUCUCAUAGCAAAGGUUCUGAAUACUUAUGUAAAUAAGGUAUUUCUGUUUUUUAUUUGUAAUAAUUUAGCUAAAAUGUCUAAACCUGUUUUUGCUUUGUCGUUAUGGGGUAUUGUGUGUAGAUUGAGGUAAAAUAUUUAUUUAAUACAUUUUACAAUAAGGCUGUAACGUAACAAUGUGGAAAAAGUGAAGGGGUCUGAAUACUUUCCGAAUGCACUGUAUGUACCGAGAUGUUUAAAUAAACUUAAACCCUCCCACCCCUCCACCCACAGCACCAUGACUUGGACGCCAACAAGAUGAUGUCGUCCAACCUGCUCAAGUCUGAGUCAUCCACACUGUCCAUGAGGUCCAUGAGCUCCACCCUGGACGACGGCGAGGUGAAGAAGAUCAUGGAGGAGUGUAAGAGGCUGCAGAUGGAGGCACAGCGGCUACGGGAAGAGAACAAACAGAUCAGGGUAAGUUAUACUGCAUCCCAAAUGGCACCCUAUGUAGGCCAUUUAGGAUACAGCCUAAGAGGAGCAUCAAAGGGGCAAUCUGUGAUUCAAACGACAACAAUCGACAUAAGUAACCAAUAUCAAAUUCACUGACAGGGAUUUGGAUGCAAUGACUCAAUCAAUGGCUAUGUAUCAAUAAUUUAAGAGUAAAAACAUUUAUGAAUCAAUCCCAGAUUACCUCUUUAAAGGGGAAAGGCGAUGAGUCCGACUACCCGGCGCCCGCCACCUCCCCUUUAAGUAGUGCCAGAGGCGGAAUGGCUCUUGGCAGGUCCCGUCCCGGGGCCCAGAUUAAACUAACAGAGCCCCCCCCCCCCCCCACCCGCUGUUGGGAAAUGAGGUGUGUUAAAAGCUGGCGCCUGGCGGAGUCCAAAGGGGCUUCGGUGGCGAUUUAGACAUCCGCUUGAUGAAUGAAUGACAUUUCCAAUCCUUGACUGAGGGAUGUGGAUCUUUGAAGUUGGGAUGAGGAUAAUACUGAUGGUCAUUCCCCCCCCUCUUUCUCUCUUUCUAUAUUUUUCUCUCUCUUUCUCCAUAUCUACCCCUCUCCCCCUCUAUCCCUCACCCCCUCUCCAUGUCUCCCCCUAACUCUUUCUCCUCCCCCCCCCUAUUUCUAUUUCUCCAUAUCUGUCCCUCUCUCCCCUCUACCCCUCUCUCUCUCUUCCCAUCUCAUCUCUCUCUCGCUCUCGCUCUCUCCCCCCCUCCAGGAAGACGACGGCCUGCGGAUGAGGAAGAGCAACGUGAUGUCCUCCCAGCACUCCUCCCACUCCAUGGUGAAAGAGGAGGGGCUGAGCCUGCGCACAGUGGCCCUCAUCGUGCUCUUCUUCGUGGUCGGAGUCAUCAUCGGCAAGUUGGUCUUGUAAGAGCGAGUGGCAAGCGAGAGACGGCCAACCGCAUGCUUUCGGGGGAUUGAAACAAACAACGGAUUUGCCAUUUUUUUGGAUUCAGAAAUGCCAUAUCAAUGGGGUAGUUUUGAAAUCGUUCAUUUAUGUACUAAUAAAAAAAGGAGAUACAAAAAAACAUCCAUAUUAUGAACAAACCAACGAGCGAGGGG